AGGCCACUGGCAUUCACCAACACAAGCACGAUCAACACAAUAUUAAUGUCAUCAAGGUAAGAUCGCAGCAGGGGGGACUCAGAUCACUGUACGUGGACCAUGGCGGCUGCCACGAGCAGCAACACAUCCACAACCACGCUACAGAUAAAGCACUCCAGUAUCGAGCAUACGCGGAAACGCAUAGACCCGAGGAGGAGGCAAGCGGCGCUGUCUUUUCUCAGUAACAUUUCUUUAGAUGGACGACCCGUGCAAGACGAUGCAGACAAUCAAAACGAAGAGGAUAACUCUCUUGAAGCCAGGACUAGACAGAGCCUGGUUUCCCCGGAGCGUUCAGCGUAUGCAGCUGGCACCGGGGCUGCAGCAGCGACCACGGCCGCCCAGGCGCUCGCUAUUGCAAACCAGGCUCUCCUCGCUAACAACAGGGCUAGUUUUGGGAUGGGUCCCAGUCCCACCGCUGGGUCGGCGGGCACAGAUCCGGAGGGGGAUGCUUUCGGACCCUCCAUGUUCAGCUCGCCUUUCUCCGCGGUCCCAGCUGCGACUCGGGGGAGGCUGCAGACCUACACUCAGGGAAUCCUACCUGCCUCCUACACCAGGCAAGCCUCCCAAAACUACUGCUGCCUGGAGGGCGGACAGGUAGCCAACUCUGCCAUAGAGCUGCAGAGGUCAAGACGAAGACUCAUCUCUCAGCGCUCUUCACUGGAAACACUAGAGGACAUUGAGGAGAACGCUCCUCUGCGAAGAUGCCGAACCCUAUCGGGUUCACCCCGACCAAAGAGCUUCAAGAAAGUCCACUUCAUAAAGAACAUGAGGCAACAUGAUAUGCGCAAUGGAAGGAUAGUCCUUAUCAGUGGCAGAAGAUCCUUCUAUAGUGUAUUUUCUGUCCUGCCCUAUCGAGAUUGUAGCCAAGCAGGGGAUGUAAAGCUGGAGGGAGGGCGUCAGCGGCACCCCUCAGGUGGCGUCAGUGCCAAGGAGAUGGUGAUCGGGCUGGAGGGAGUGGAGUUAGGAGCUGAUGGAAAGACAGUGUCCUACACCCAGUUCCUCUACCCCACCAAUGUGCUGGGUGGUCGUAGAAACACCAUCGACUCCACCUCGUCCUUCUCCCAGUCUCGCAACGCCAGCCACCGCAGCCUCAGUCUGGGCCGAGCCAACAGCAACCAGAGCAGCCUAGACACAGGGAAUGAUCUGGGGGACUUUCGUGAGUACGACCCCAAUCUGCUGGAUGACCCCCAGUGGCCUUGUGGGAAGCACAAGAGAGUCCUCAUAUUCCCCUCCUACAUGACGACAGUCAUCGAAUACGUCAAACCCUCUGACCUCAAGAAGGACAUGAACGAGACCUUCAAGGAGAAGUUCCCCCACAUAAGGCUGACACUCAGCAAAAUUAGGAGCUUGAAGAGAGAGAUAAGGAAGCUGGCCCAGGAUGAGUGCGGCUACGAGGAACCGACAGUGGCCAUGGCUUUCGUCUACUUUGAAAAACUGGUUCUGCAGGGCAAACUCAACAAGCAGAACCGUAAGCUCUGCGCCGGGGCUUGUGUCCUCCUGGCAGCCAAGAUAGGCGGAGAUCUCAAGAAACACGAGGUCAAGCUCCUGAUUGAUAAACUGGAGGAGAGGUUCAGAGUGAAUCGCAGGGAGCUGAUAGCCUUCGAGUUCCCUGUCCUGGUGGCGCUGGAGUUCAACCUGCACCUUCCCGAACACGAGAUCAUGCCCCACUACAGACGCCUGCUGCAGACCUCCUAGCAUUAGUGACCCAUCAGGAGGACGACCACCAGGUUCUCCUCCUGAUCCCCCCCCCCGCCGGUUCCCACAGGCUCCACCUUUCCACCUCCUCUCUUCACCUGUCCGACAGCUUCAAGGUACCGCUGCCUGUCUCCGGACUCCAGCUGUUCAUCACUACAGGCGACACCCUUCCUUCCUCUCAGAAACACGAAAUCAGCCAAAGUGACGCACAUUUCUGAACCAGUUCUAUGCCAUUGUUUGACUUUGACAUCGUUCAUCACUACGCGUUUCGACAGACUCGUGAAAGAAAGGGUUCAGCCUUCGGCAAACAAGUUGAUUGUUUUCUUCUCCAGGUUGCGUAUUUGCGCAUUUCUUCAUCCUCGACUUUGUACAUUUGAGGCCUCUCUUUUUGAUUAAGAGAGUUGCUUCCAGUUGAAGCAACCGAUGAUUGUGUCAUUUUUAUCAUCUCUUUUUCAUCAUUAUCUUUCUUGUAAACUUUGGUAUGAUUGAUUUCCUUCUGACUUGCAUACAAUUUAAACAAGGUCUCUUAAGUGGCUGUUUUUUUUUUUUUUUUUUUUUGGCUGGACUGUUAUUUCUCACAGUGUUUCAUCUUUUUGCAAGUCAUCGUCCAGUUCCUCUUCACGAAAAAGUGCACUUUUUGAACACUGCAAGACACGGGGCAGGGGACUUUUUUCAGACUUUUAAUGAGCUUGGGCAACUGACCCUGAAAAAUAAGCUGUGUUUAUGAGCUCCACAUACAAGCCCUUAGAAUGGAUCUUCAUUGAUUUUCUUUUUUCUCUCCGCUCUUCUCCCAUCGCUAACUCACCAUUUUCCACCUCUCUCUGCAUGAACAGUAAUCAACACAAUUGUCUGAAUGCAAUUAUGUGCAAACCAUAUGGGAUUUCCUAUAUUCAUUACUGCUCAAGUAUUCCACUUGUUUUCUACCUGUCAGAUGCUUGCUUUGGACCUAUGGAGACCAGACCCACUUUUAUCAGUGUAUAAUUUCCUGUGCUCUAUGUUAGAGUGUAUUGCCAGCACAUUUACAGUGCUAUAUUGGGGGGUUGGGAAGGUAUUUCUGGAGAGUUGUUCAUGAGUGCAAAAAUGCCAUUAACCAAUGAUAAAGAUUUGAUGUUAAGGAGUGGUAGGGAGGCAGCAGGGUGCUCUAGUGGUUAGAGGCGGUCUUUCCUCUGAAGGGCCCGGGUUAAAACCAUUUUGCACCAACUGGCCGUGUCCUUGAGCAAGGCACUGGAUCCCUACCAGCUUCGGAGGUGCUGUUCUGUAGCCGAGCCCGACCCCUGACCUCUCUGGAGGCGGGCAAACAAAAAGAGAACUUAUGUAUCACUGAUUUGACUGUCACUUUGAAUUAGCAUUGUGAAAUUUGAAAUCAAAGGUAUUUCAAAGGCAAAGAAAAUUAUAGUUCUGUCGGUAUGACCAAUUACGAGUUAUGUUCAAGAACAUUGUUGGCUAAUGUUUGAUAUGUAUCUCGACUUGAUUUUUCUUUCUGUAUAAACUUGAUUAAAAAUGUUACUGGACUGAAAGAUGUAGCCUCAAAAAGAACCGUAGAGUAUUUCGGAGGUCACCAAAUCAGGAAAGUAGGCCUACUUGAAAAUUUGUAUUCCAUGCUGCUCAGAGCUAUUGAUGGUAUUUGACUUAAAAUGAUCAGUAGAGGAAACCAAAUGAGAGGACAUGGGUUAAUGCUGAUUCAAGGUGAAAUAUCAUUGAGCUAAUUUCUGUUUGCAAGCCCAAAGAUUUCGCUGGAAGAUGCACACUAAAGACUUUGUGAGGAAAAAACUCAUGGACGACACUUAGUACAUGUGUGUAUGUUUGUAAAUAAACUGCUUUGCUUGUUCAA